AUGAAUGAUUAUGUAGGAGGAUUAUUUGCAGGUGUUGUAAGUACAUUUGUUUCACAUCCACUCGAUACACUUAAAGUUACUAUGCAAUACCAUUCAACACAUAGUAUUUCUGGAGCAAUUAGAUCGAUUGUUAAAUUAAAUUCCAUAGGCGGUUUUUAUCGUGGUGUCUCACCUAAUUUAAUUACUCAAUGUGCAUCUCAAACAUCUUUUUAUGGUUCAUAUGCUGGUUGUCUUCGUUUAUUAGGAGCAAAUCGUGACGAUCAUGAAUCAAUUACAUUAUUACAAAAUUUUAUUGCUGGAUCUUUUGGUGGUCUUAUUCAAGCAUUUCCUUCAAGUGUAUUUGAACUACUUAAAAUUCGUUUACAAACAACAAGUCAUCAGCAAAAAGCAAAUGUUUAUCAAGUAUUUCGUCAUUUGAUUAAAACAGAAGGAUUUCGAGGACUUACUUGUGGUUUACAUGCAACUAUUUGGCGAGAUACGCCUACAUAUGGUCUUUAUAUGAUGAUCUAUGAUCCAUUAAAAAGAUUUUUACAUACAUCAACAAAUAGUGAACUCAUUGGUGGUCUCAUAUCUGGUGGUACAGUUGGUGUCAUAAGUUGGACAUUAGCUUGUCCAGUUGAUAUAUGUAAAAGUAAACAACAAGCUGGAUAUACCAAUAAAAGUUUAUUACAAUGUCUAGUGGAAGUAUAUCGAACAGGAAAUGGUAUGCAUGCAUUUUUUUGUGGUUGGACAGCUAUAGCUACACGAGCAUUUAUACUUAAUGCAAUAUCACUCUUUGUUUGGGAUCGUACUCGACGUUGGUUUGGAUAA